AUGAGCUUUGAGACCGAAAAAAAGCCCUUUGCGAAUCCCACUCAAAUAGGAGCAGGGCUCCAGUUGUCUUUGUUUUCUUGUCGGAGGACAGAUUUUAAUGGCCUACAUGAGGAGGUUUCCCUGGAAGUAAGCAUAGUGGGCCAGCUCUCAAAGGACUUCAAGAACGUUGUGUUCUCCAACAUCCUGGCCAUGCUGCAGGACCGAAAGGCCCUCCAGGACCUCUUAGACACGCUUGAACAGGAACCCUUGGGUCAUUUGGAUGGCCCUGGUGGCACCAUCCUAAAUGAACUGCAAAAGGACUCCACCUAUGCAUAUAAUGGCUCACAGCACCUCAUCCUUUACCUGCUUGAAGCCAUCAUGGCGCUGAGUGACAUCCAAUACUGUCUGCUGGCCCGAUCCAUGGAGAAGAAGAUCCUCUCCCAGCAGCGGGAUCUGGUGAGGAGCAUCCUGGAGCCCCACUUUGAAUGCUCGGAGAGCACUCCUUUCACCCUCAAACCUGAGCUCCUCGCCCCCCUGCAGGAGGAGGAUUUGGCUAUAACCUAUGGCCUGCUGGAAGAGUGUGGCCUGGAGAUGGAGCUGCAUAGCCCCAGGUCAACCUGGGACCUGGGAGCCAAGAAGCCCCUGUCUGCCCUGUAUGGGGCCCUGUGUGUGCUGCAGCAGCUGGCCGAGGCCUGAGCCCCCUGGUGGGCAGGCCAGGGGCCAGUCCACUGAGUCAGCCCACUGGCAUUGAGGCUGCCUGGCACUGAGGCUGCCAUUGGCCCUGGUGCUGUCUUCUGCUGCAAACGCCGCCAGGCCGUUCUGUGCAUGUGUGGUUGUGUGGGGAGUUUCAGGCUCCACACAUAAAUGUUGUCCAGCUUG